AUGACUAUGAGACCUUCAAGCAACCACUCACCAAAUUCUAGUCCUACGAUGGCCAAUACUCGUUCUCCAUCAUUUAAAUCGAAAUUGUUUCCUUUUGGAAAAAGAGGAAACCGACGAGAUCCAUUGAAUUUGAAUGAACUCAUUUAUAUGAGUCGACAGCAGCAGCAGCAACAAAUCACAAACGUUAAGGAAUCCAUCGACAAAAGUAUUUAUGGUAAUGAGCAACCGAUCGAACUUUUACUCCAGCCAGAUAUUUACGAUCCUCUUUGCCUUGAUAGCAUUCCAUCAGACCACGUUUCAACCGAACAACUCACUGCACACACCCACUGGAGUUCAGCAUGGCCCUAUGAUCAACAAGUACCUCGAUGGAGAUGA